GUCAUAAAAGAGACUGUCUGUCAUUUUGAUACCAAGAAAGCUGCUUCAAGAAUGGCGUCCCCCACAUGUGCCGCUGGUAUUCAGUUUCGCGCUGAACGGGAUAGGAUUCGAUGACGCGUGCUCCUUGAAUCGUGGAAAAGUGCUGCUAUCGCAAUUCUGCGUGGUUUCCGUAGGAAGCCGACGCGCAUCCUCGUUUUUCGUGUAUCGCCCUUGCGCUCCACUUGCAAUGAAUCAUUGUCCCGAUUUCUGCUUAAAGAAGCUGAAUAUUUCUGUAUUUCGUCGCUAGUGCUGAUCCGGAAGUAGACGUUGUAGUUUGAAUGAGUUUAUUGCAGUGUUGUGAUGGGUAAAAGUUGUAGUUUGUAGUAAAUUUACACAAGUGUUUUGUUUAUAAAUUUGCCGCUCCUACACCGCCACGGACGCUGCUUGUAAAUAGAGGCUGUAAAUAUAAUUAUAGCAGAUAAAGAUGAGUUUGGGAGCACGCGCCACCAAGGGUGGUGCGAAGGGGAAGGACAAAGCCCAGGACAAGGCCAAGGGCGUCGACAAACCACCGGCCAAGGAGAAGGUCAAACAACAGCUACAGGCAACCACAGAACAGAUGCGUAUGGCAAACAUGAUCGACCGCAAAAGCGACGACUCCACGGACGUCCGAAGAAUGGUGCUAGAGCUGAUGGAGAUGACAUGUCGCACUGAGGAGGAGGUGUGUUCGGCGCUGCACGACUCGGACAACGACAUGGUCGCCGCCUGUAACCUACUGCUGGAGGAGAGUCAGCGAAUACAGGGCGAAUGGCAGACAAAUGAAAAGAAGAAGAAAAAGCCACCUGCCGCCGCCGGCAACGGCGAGCCCGAGCCCCCGCGCGAGCGAGAGGCGCGUGAGCCUAGAGAACGGUCUGGCGCGCCGCGUCCACGUCGCGGGGAGGCGGAGGCGCGCGGGCGGGGCCGCGGCGCGGCGCGGGGGCGCGCGCGCGGCGCCCGGCGCGGCGCGCCCGGCCGCCCGCGCCCGCCGCGCGGCGAGCUCGGCGAGCGGGGCGAGCACGGCAACAACAUAUCAGACUCAUUCCCCAGCGCGGAAGACUGGGACAACGAGGAGUGGUCAGGAUCUCUGUCGGACACCAAGGUGUUCACGCCCAGCACCGCGACCGGCGGCGACGACGCGCCCGUCCCAGUCACCACGCAGGAGGAGUGUUGGGACACGCCCGCGGCGAACGGCGCCGAGCACAUUCCCAGCUACAGCUACAGUCGCGUGCCAGAGCCGAGGGCGCCCGUGUUGCAGCCGACGAUCAGCCAGGCGGCGCACGCGCACGCGCACGCGGCGGCGCCCAGCGCCUCGCCCGCGCCCGCCGCGCCGCCCGCCGAGCCGCAGCCGCCCCGACACCAGCCAAUGGGUAUGUCGGGGUCGCUGUCCGCGGCGCAGUCGCAGUACCUGUCGCAACUCACUCAGCAAUCGCAACGGCAUGACAACAGUGUAUAUUCGUCAAAUUAUGGUGUUUACGGUUCUUCAGAUAUUACGAGUCAAAGGAAACCACAGCGAGCGAGGGUGCCUCCUCCUUCCAAGAUCCCGUCGUCGGCGGUGGAGAUGCCGGGCGGCGAGGGCGGCGCCAUGUUCCUGGACGUGCAGUUCGGCGCGCUGGAGCCCGACCUCACCGAGCCCGCGCCGCCGCCCCUGGCGCAGGCCGCCCCGCCGCCGCCCCAGCACCCGCCCCAGGCCGCCCCGGCCGCCACCCAGCCCGCGCAACCGCCCAAACCGCUCCCCACGGCCGUGACGGCGGCGCCCGAGCCGGCGCCGGCGCCCGCGCACGAGCCCGCCGAGCCCAGCGUCACGUACGCCAACACCAACAGUAUGUUACCGGAGAGUUUAGCGCCAGAACCAGUCCCCGCACCGGCAGAACCUGCCCCGCCACAGCCUAACAGUCUAGAGAAGCAGCUAACGGCAGCGAUGAAGCAGCUGGCCGUGUCCGCGGGCGACGCGCCGCAGGCCGCGCCGCAGCUGCACCGACACAAGGCUAUGGGCCAACAGAACGUGUACGCACACCACGCCGCGGCGGCGCACCACCCACCAGUAUACGGAGCCAACGUCUACGCGCCACAGCAGGCAAGUUCAACAAACGCGUCGCUAACGACCGGCAUGUCGGCGCCGGCGUACGGCUCCGCGGCCGCGCUCACACAGUACCAGCCGAUGAUCAACUCCUACCAGCAGACGUCAUCGUCAGCGGGAGUGUACGCGGGCAGUGCGCUAUACACGUACCAGCCCAGUCAACAGGCCAAACUACCCACUAAGGACAACACGCCACAGUAUGACAACUCCGUAGCAUCUAAUAGCAAUAGUUUAACAAACACGUCAACCACACAGAGCUCAACCGCCAAAGUACCCACAACCACAGUAAGCGCAGGCGUGAACGCGGGUGCCAACGCGGCGAACGCGGGCGUCACGGGUGCCGGUGCCAACGCGGGCUACGGCGCCGCGCUGUACGGCGGCGUGCAGCCCACCGGGUACCACUACGACGAGGCGCAGCUCAUCACCAGGACGCUGCCGCACCACAUGGGUGGAUACUACGAGGUGGGAUACGGCGUAGGAGGCGCGCGGGAGGGCACGUUCGGACUGGGACCUACAGACAGAUUCACGCGGACAGACGCUGCCUCACCGCAACAAGUCAGCCAGGUCCCUGCAGCGUUACCGCCCGGCUAUGCGUACUUCUACCAACCUCCCCCCACGACGUACCAAUAUGGAGUCUACCCCACGUACGGCGGCGGGUCUAACGUUGGUGGUGUCGGCGGCGUCGGUGGCGUAGGAUCCGUGUCCGGUGCCGUGUCCGGCGGCGGCAAGGUGUCCAGCUACUCGCAGCAGCAGCCACCGUACGACCAGGACUCUUACAAACCUGGAGGCGGCUACAACGCGAGCGGAAACAAGGCCGCAGCGGGCGCGCCGCCCGAGCUGGCGUCCGCCAUGUACGCCAAACCCCACGUCGCGCUCAACAAAGUCAAUAGCUACGACAAGGCGGCGUUCCACAGCGGCACGCCGCCGCCCUUCGGCGCCGGCUCGCACCUCUACAUCCCCGCGCCGCACUCCGCGCACCAUCCCCACCACCAUCAGCACCAGAUGGAUGUACGGGUGAACAGUAGUCAUAAUAGGCGGGAGAGCGGAGCGGCGCGCGCGGCGGCGGCCAAGCCGGCCGCCAGCAAGCCCAGCUACUCGCAGUCCUACUGGGCGCCCAACUAGCUGCACGCCCUAGCGACCGUGUCCCCGGGCACCUGUAAAUAGUCGCCACGUCGUGGGCGCUCCUCCAAACAAAACUGAUUAAUGUAAAAUACGCAAGGAAUUUGAAUGACCUAUGUUAAUAUUUCGUUCACACCGGCGCCGGCCGCAGGUCAUCGCCCGAUAGGAUAUUGUUUAAAUUUAACUGUAGAACUAUGUAUAUCUUAUCUUUGUAAUAUGUAUAUGUAUGUAAGCGUUUGGUACGCUAUGCGCGCCGAAUCUUUUUGUAUUUAGUUGACAGAGUUUUUGUAAUUACAUAUUAUAGUUGAAUAAACGUUCAGCGAUCUAUAAAGUAACGUAACUACCGUAGUCGAGGUCUUUUUUAUGUGAAAGAAUGCAAUGUGUUGAUCUCGCGGGCAUUUGAAAGUAUGAGGGAAUUACACGUAUUGGAACUUGA